AACGAUCUGAACAUUUCAGUAAUUUCUAUUUUCUCUCUCUAGAAUUUUCCAUCGCUAAGAACAGUUUGAUUUUUGUGGAAUUCCGAAAAUCUUCCGUCUCUGAGCAAAAAUCGUCUCCGAUACACUGAAACUGCUGUUGAUCUUCGGAAUUCCGGCCGAUCCGACGGGAAAACUGAACUCAGUGUGGCUUCAGGAGUCUGGAAAUUGAAGCGCAUGAGCUGGUUGGGAAAGCUGGGUCUGAACGUGAAUACGAAUUGCAAUCACUUCCUUACUCGUUUGUUGAUCUUCAUCCUCCAUUAUUCCCCUCAAUCGUUUCCUCCUUCGCUUGAAUUUUAUAAGCGAUCGCUUGUUCAUCAUCUUAGUCUCUGUACUUGCUUACUCGCUUUCGUCGCUAAUUCGAGUUUAACUUCGGAUAAUCGUAAUGGAAUCAGGAGCCAAGAGUAAUUCCGAACUGCGUGGAGAAAUUUGCUAUCCCAACCCCCAGUCGCAUCAGAUGAGAUCGCCGCCGUCUGUCAUAGUGAUCGGCGGUGGUAUGGCUGGAGUUGCGGCUGCUCGUGCUCUCCACGACGCCUCUUUUCAGGUAACCCUUUUGGAGUCACGAGACAGACUUGGUGGUCGUAUUCACACUGAUUAUACCUUUGGGUUUCCUGUUGAUCUUGGAGCAUCAUGGUUGCACGGGGUCUGUGAGGAAAAUCCGUUGGCCCCUUUGAUUGGCAGGUUGGGAUUACCCUUAUACAGAACUAGUGAGGAUAAUUCUGUGUUAUAUGACCAUGAUUUGGAAAGUUAUGCACUUUUUGAUAUGGAUGGGAGUCAAGUUCCUCCAGAGGUAGUAACAAAAGUUGGCAAAACCUUUGAAACGAUCUUGAAAGAGACAGAAACUGUAAGAGAGGAACAAAGUGACGACAUAUCCAUACUCCGUGCAAUCUCCAUUGUCUUCGAAAGGAAACCAGAAUUAAGGCUGGAAGGGCUUGCUCAUAAGGUUCUUCAAUGGUAUUUAUGCAGGAUGGAAGGAUGGUUUUCUGCAGAUGCCAAUACUAUCUCACUUAAAGGCUGGGAUCAGGAAGAACUGCUCCCUGGUGGGCAUGGACUUAUGGUCAGGGGCUACCUACCUGUUAUUCACACUCUAGCUAAGGGUAUUGACAUCCGCCUCAGUCAUAGGGUUACAAAAAUAUCCAGACAAUAUACUGGAGUGAAGAUAACAGUGGAAAACGGAAAAACAUUCAAAGCUGAUGCUGCUGUUGUUGCUGUUCCUCUUGGGGUGCUUAAAGCAAACGUCAUCAAGUUUGAGCCCAAGCUUCCAGACUGGAAGGAGGCAGCCAUUGCUGACAUUGGAGUUGGUCUUGAAAACAAAAUAAUCUUGCACUUCGAAACUGCUUUUUGGCCAAACGUGGAGUUUUUAGGAGUUGUUGCUGAUUCAUCACAGAAUUGCAGCUACUUCCUCAAUCUUCACAAGGCCACUAGCCAUCCUGUCCUUGUUUACAUGCCUUCUGGGAAACUUGCUAGAGACAUCGAGAAAAUGUCGGAUCAAGAAGCUGCUAACUUUGCUUUCAUGCAACUCAAGAAGGUCGUCCCUAACGCGCCCACCCCGAUUCAGCAUCUAGUUUCCAGAUGGGGAUCAGAUGUCAACUCACUUGGAUCAUACAGCUACGACAUGGUAGGCAAACCCCAUCAUCUGUUUGAAUGGCUGAGGAUCCCUGUCGACAACCUCUUCUUCGCCGGGGAGGCUAUGAGUAUCAAUUAUCCAGGAUCCGUGCAUGGCGCAUACUCAACCGGUCUGAUGGCGGCCGAGGACUGCAGGGUGCGUUUUCUAGAGCGUUAUGGGGAUCUGGAUUUGUUGCAGGCGAUCAUGGUUGAUGAAGCUCCGUUAUCAGUCCCAUUGUUAAUUUCCCGAAUGUAAUACUCUUGGUGGUGGGCUGUGAAUUCAUCAGAUCAUGUCCAGAAGCAGCAAAGAAAAUCCUGAUGUCUGGGGGAUUAAAUGCCAUUAAUUUGGCGCUGUAACAUGAUGAUUGUUCUCUGCUUAUUAGUUUUAUGAAAGCAUAAAUGGAUUGUACUUAAAGUUACCAAGUCUUGAUUUAUGAGACCUUGUGUGGUUAUGGACUUAGCUAAGCUUGCUAUAAACGAACGAUAAUAAUGAAUACAGCUCUAAUUACAUAA